AUGCCUCUGUUUCCAACCGUCGAAGGCAAGUUGAUGCUGAUGCAGACGAGCGCACAAGCGUUAGUGCGGACAAUGAAGAUGAAAUCAGCAGCAGCAGCAGCAACAACAACAGCAACAGUCACUCCGCUCUCUAAGAUGACGGCAUUGCUGCUGCUCGUAUAUCUCGUCGACUUGGAAUCUCUGCCGGAGGGAGGCCUCGGCCACCUCACCUCUCUUGGAGAGUUGGUGAUUCAGUAUUGUCUGAGAUUGGUGUCUCUGCCUCCAGCAAUGCGCCAACUCGCCUCGUUACAGUCGCUAGACAUUCACAGGUGUGAGCGGCUGACAAGAAGAUGCAAGGAGGGAAGAUUGGGCCAACAUUUCCCACAUUCCCAGAAUAAAAUUGGACGAAGUGACAACAAUCCAGGAUUCAGGUUGAGGUGGCCCUGCUGCAUCUCGAAUCUUUGCUCGAACAACUUCUAA